CACAUGGCACCACACAGUGUAUUGCAAUGUGCUGAAUAUUGUGGUUUUGAUGUAUACAACCACAUUUUAUAAUGAUAUUCACCAGGUCGUCGUCAAGAAGGGGAAAGUGUGAGGGACUACUUGGCAAAACAGAAAGAAAUGUUUAGGAUUCAGGGCUGAGAAAGAAACACUUUUGAAAGUUGAGAGAACUACAGAAAUUAAGAAAGUCAUGGCAAAAAUUAUAUCAAUUAGAAGUGACAUAUCAAAAUACCAAGAAAUCCUGAAGGAAUACCAGAUCUACAAAAAGUUUCUGACCUCAGUCGCACCAGCAGAGUGGCGCAAAGAUCAAAAGCUGAAGAAAGAGAAGCGAGUGGUAGAGCAGUGGGGGAAACCGAAUAAAGAUAAACAGUCUUUAACAUAUGACAAGAAAGUAUGUCUAACCGGCAGACGUUAUUCCAAAGUGACUAAAAUUACACAGACAAGACAUCAGAGAAAGAGUGGAAAGGAAUGCGCUGGAAGACAGGAAUCCAUCACAGAGGUGAUAGAGCCUUCAGACAGUGAUGAGGAGCCAGAGCUAUAUUUCACUGACCCAAGAGAAAUGUUACAUAUCCUAACUGACUUGGAGGAGCAGAACUUAUCUUUCAUCCAGAAUUUCCAGGAGACUGAGGAAGCCAGGGACGAGAUCUGCAAAACUGUCCAACUAAUGCAAAACAAAACAGCCAAUGAGACCCAAGUCCUGCAGCAGCAGAUUGACAUCCUGAAUAACACAAUCCAGCGGGAGGAGGAGAAAAACUCUGAUCUGGAACUGAAGUCCAAGAUCUUCUCCUAUGGCGAAUAUAGAGCUGAUAAACAGGAUCAUAUGCUUAAACUCUUGCACAACAAGAUGAAGGAGGUGUUUAAGAUGUGUGGGGGGGAGGUGGGAACCCAAUUCAGCACCCUUCACAUGCUAGCCAACAUAGAGAGCAGGAUGGAGGAGGUCCUGGAGCGCUUGGACACGCUACCUUCAGAGAACGUGGAAGCAAUCCGAACAGCAAAGGAGAAGGAGAAGAGACUUAUGAUGCGUGAGGAGAAGAUGGAGAUGAAGAAACGUCACCAUGAGGAAAGACUAAAAAUAGCUAUAGAGAGGGCGACUAGUGACAGCAAGAAACAGACUGGACGUAAACUGAUGCCUCGAUCUGAGCCGUCAGAGGUCAAGAAGAACAAAGUAUAUGUCAUGAGCUCAAAGGAACAGGAAGAUGCUUUGUACUUCUUCACUUGAUCACAAUCACACCACAAUACAGAAGUUAUGCAUUAGCCUACAAGUAUAUUAAUUCAAUUUGAUCAAUAAUAAACAUUUGUAUCCUUGUGUUUCAAAUACAAAUUACAGCAAGAUGACAAAUAUUCAUGAAAAGUGCAAUGUGCACAAUUUUAUUAAGUUGUGCUUCAAACUGCACAACAAAUUAUGUCAUAGUACAAAAAAAAGACAUGUUAUGGAGAUGCAGAAAGUCGUUUUCUCAAUACACAAAAAAGAAAAAAAAAAUCAA